UUGCGCAGCAUUCGGAGUGACCGCAUAGCCGCCGUUCUCGUCGAAGCCGGACAGUAUGGCUUUGGCUGCCGGUUCGUUCGCGUUAGUGGUGUUUGUUCACGGUGUUACAGUGCAUAGUUGGCGGCGGGUGUGCGUGCUCCGUUUUUUGCGAACGAAACACUGCACGUGAAACGUGGACGUACGUGGUGUAACAAGAUUGUCAACGGGACGACGAGGACGUGGGGCAAGAUUGACAAGAUACUCGACAGAGAUGCGGCGAAAUGUGAAAAUUGUGUUGCUGCUGUCAUGCGCGUGGAUGUCUGCCUUUGUUUACUACUAUCACACAUCGCGAGACACAAAGAACGAAAACAGAGCCUUGCGACUGAAGGAGCCUGCAUCGUUGGCUCUCUCCGCCGGAAACUCCGGCAACUACGUGGACCCAGAUGGCACCGCCAUCGUGAUGUCAUCCGAGCUGCUACCUGCACCCACCCCGGAUCCAAGGGUGACGUGGAACUACUUCGAUGAGCAAGGAUAUGUUUCGAGGGGAGGAUUACGAGCCGGGGAGGAUCCAUAUGCUAGGAACAAAUUUAACCAGGAAGCAUCCGACGGGCUUCCCAGCAAUCGCGAUAUUCCUGACACGCGCAGUGCGAUGUGUCGAAUGAAGCAGUGGAGGAGGGAUCUACCCCCAACCUCGGUGAUAAUUACCUUUCAUAACGAGGCGAGGUCGACGUUGCUCAGAACCGUCGUCAGCGUGCUGAACAGGAGUCCGGAACAUUUGAUCAAGGAAAUUAUACUGGUCGACGAUUUCAGUGAUCAUCCGGAGGACGGUGAAGAGCUGUCGAGGAUACACAAAGUGCGAGUGAUACGCAACGAAAAGAGGGAGGGUUUGAUGAGGUCGAGGGUGCGAGGCGCGGAUGCAGCCACCGCCACCGUGUUAACAUUCCUCGACUCGCAUUGUGAAUGCAACGCCGAUUGGCUAGAACCACUUCUGGAGAGGGUGGCUGAGGAUCCUACAAGGGUCGUCUGCCCUGUUAUUGAUGUCAUAAGCAUGGACACCUUUCAAUAUAUCGGCGCGUCAGCCGAUUUAAGGGGUGGUUUCGAUUGGAGUCUGGUGUUCAAAUGGGAAUACCUGAGCCAAACGGAAAGGCAGGCGAGGCAAAAGGAUCCUACGCAGGCGAUCAGGACCCCGAUGAUCGCCGGUGGCCUCUUCGUGAUCAACAAAGCGUAUUUCGAGAAAUUGGGCAAGUACGACACGCAGAUGGACGUAUGGGGCGGCGAGAAUCUCGAAAUAUCGUUCCGCGUGUGGCAAUGCGGGGGAAGCUUGGAGAUUAUCCCAUGCUCGCGCGUCGGCCACGUGUUUCGAAAACGUCAUCCGUACUCGUUCCCAGGAGGCAGCGGUAACGUUUUCGCGCGAAAUACGAGAAGGGCCGCCGAGGUGUGGAUGGACGAUUACAAACAAUUCUAUUACAACGCGGUGCCUUUAGCGCGUAACAUACCGUAUGGAAAUAUUCAAGACAGGAUGGAGCUGAAGCGGAAAUUGCAUUGCAAGCCCUUCAGCUGGUAUCUGAAAAACGUGUAUCCAGAGCUGGUUAUACCGACCAGCGAGGGUGGACCCGGUGGAUCGUUGAAACAGGGCUCCGCGUGUCUGGACAGCAUGGGCCAUCUCCUCGAUGGAAACGUGGGACUUUACCCGUGUCACGACACCGGUGGUAACCAAGAAUGGGGCCUGACGAAGGACGGUCUCAUCAGGCAUCACGGCCUUUGCCUAACCCUUCCUGUCUACGCGAAAGGCACGACGCUGUUAAUGCAGAUCUGCGACGGUAGCGAGAAUCAGAAAUGGAGGCACCUCGAGGGCGGUUUGAUCCGCCACUCGAGAAUUCCUGUGUGCGUGGACUCGAGAUACCACGCGCAAAAAGGAAUCACCGCUGAAAAGUGCGACUCGAACGCCGAAACGCAGAGGUGGCAUCUUUACAACCACAAUCAUUAGCUUCCGAGUGUGAUCAGUAGUGGCUCGUGAAGACAACGGUGCCGUCGUCACUCACGAAGGGCCGAAGGGGUGCAAUAUUUGAUCAGAAGAAGAAGGGUCGACCUGAUAAGGGAAAACGAUCUAAUCGAUCCGAGAUCGAAGUUGCUCAAUCGGACCCGUAAAUGAUGACUCGAAACAGGGGUUCGUUGUUACGAAAAGACCUUCUCCACGUGACGCGUGAAGAUGAAGAAACGAUUUAUAUAUUAUAGGAGAGUGAUAUAUCGAUCUAACGUAUUCAUAGUUUUAACGAGACUGUGCGUUG